GUAAUUCUGUGUUUGUUUACAUUACACAAAUAGGCUCCUUCAAUUGAACAAUAGCCUUUUCUCUGGACUAGGAGUGAGAGCUCCACACUGUGUCAUGCAAGAUGAGUUUGGAUGUGAAGAAACUGAAAGUGAACGAGCUGAAAGAGGAGCUCCAGAAGCGUGGGUUGGACUCUCGAGGACUGAAAGCAGAUCUGGUGGAGCGGCUCCUGGCGGCUCUGGAAGAUGAAAAACAGCCCACCUGUGAUGAGGAGGCGGAAACAGGAGUUGCAGAAGCUGGGAAUGAUGAACAGUCUGACCAAGAACAGGUGGCUGGUGAGAAAGAGAGCUCUGAGAUGGGCACCGAUUUUCCUGAAGUCCCUAAUGAUGAAAGCAAAAUAACGUCUGUAGAUGAGCAGCCAGCAACAGUUGAGACGGUCAGCAAGGAAGAACAUGAGGUGGCUCCAGUGAAGCUAAAAAGUGAAAAUGAUAUAAAGACAGAGGAGCAGGAGCAGAGACCUGAAGCCAGCAGUGAACGGGAAGCUCUGGAAAGCCAGCAGACUGAAGAGUGCAAGACUGAACCAGACAGACAUUCACAUCAUGGCCACAAGAGGCGCUAUGAUGAGGCCCACGGUAACAGCCAUUAUGAUCACCGUGAAGACAAGAGGUCCCGGUCACCUCAGCCUUCUGCCGAAGAGGACGAUGAAGAUUUUGAUGACACGCUGGUGGCCAUUGAUACUUAUAACAGUGAUUUGCACUUCAAAGUCUCUCCUGACCACUGCAGCGGCUAUCCUUUAACCAUUGAAGGGUUUGCUUACCUCUGGUCUGGAGCACGUGCUACAUAUGGAGUAAACAAGGGACGUGUUUGCUAUGAGUUAAAGGUAAAGGAGUAUAUAUCAGUAAAACAUCUUCCCAGCAGUGAGCCUGACCCUCAUGUUGUGAGAGUGGGCUGGUCUCUGGAUUCCUGCAGCACACAGCUUGGAGAGGAGGCGUUCUCUUAUGGCUAUGGAGGAACAGGAAAAAAGUCUACCAAUUACAAAUUUGGAGACUAUGGAGAGAAAUUUGGUGAAGGCGAUAUCAUUGGAUGUUAUAUUGAUUUUGACAGCCAUGAACAGGUGGAAAUGGCUUUCUCAAAGAAUGGGAAAUGGCUUGAUGUGGCUUUUCGUGUGUCUAAAGAAGAGCUGGCUGGUCAGGCCCUGUUUCCUCAUGUUCUGGUGAAGAAUUGCGCUGUCGAGUUCAACUUUGGCCAACGGGAGGAGCCUUAUUUUCCAUUGCCAGAUGGCUACUCCUUCAUCGGAGACGUCAGCUUGGAGAACAGGGUCAGAGGCACUGUAGGUCCAAGCAGCAAAUCUGAUUGUCAGGUCCUGAUGAUGGUUGGCCUUCCUGCUUGUGGUAAAACCACAUGGGCUGCUAAACAUGCUGAGAUGAACCCGGACAAAAGAUUUAACAUCCUGGGCACAAAUGCCAUCAUGGAGAAAAUGAAGGUGAUGGGACUGCGUCGCCAGCGGAACUAUGCCGGCCGCUGGGACAUCCUGAUUCAGCAGGCCACUCAGUGUCUGAACCGACUACUUCAGAUCGCCUCCCACAAAAAGCGCAACUACAUAUUGGAUCAGACAAAUGUAUAUGGAUCAGCCCAGAGACGAAAGAUGCGCCCUUUUGAAGGGUUUCACCGUAAGGCUGUUGUAAUUUGCCCGAGGGAUGAGGAUUUAAAGGAACGAAGGUGUAAGCAAGCUGAGGAUGGGAAAGAUGUGCCCGAUCAAGCCGUUUUAGAAAUGAAAGCCAACUUUGUGCUGCCAGAGGCGGGAGAUUUCCUGGAUGAAGUGAUGUUCAUCGAGCUGCAGAGAGACGAAGCUCGAGACUUGAUCAAACGCUACAAUGAGGAAGGUCGGAAGGCUGGACCUCCUCCUGAAAAACGCUUCAACAGCUGGGGAGACAGAAGACGUGAAAACAACAACAACCAGAGGUACGACAGUCAUGGAGGAUCAAGAGGAGGCCAUCAGAGCAGAGGAGGAUCUGGAGGAGGCUACAGCGGAGGAGGUUAUAAUCGUGAUGGCUACAGUCAGAACCGCUGGGGAGGGAAUUACAGAGACAGUCGAGACGGAUACAGCAGCAGCAGCAGCCAUCAAACUGGAGGAAACUACAAUAAUAGUCGCUAUGGCUCUUAUAACAAAGAGGGAUAUGGUCAAGGUUAUAAUCAAGGCUACAACCAGGGCAACCAGAGCAGCUAUGGCCAAGGAAAUUACAACCAAGGCUACAACUAUGGCAACUAUAAUCAGUACCCAGGAUAUGGGCAAGGGUAUCAGGACAAUCAAGGAUCUGGACAAUCCUACAACCAGCAGAACUAUAAUCAGCAGUAUCAACAGUAUGCGCAGCAAUGGCAGGAGUAUUACCAGAAUCAGAGCCAGUGGAACCAGUACUACGGUCAGUACGGGAACUACUCAGGACAGCAGGGCAGCCAGAGUUCAUACGGCUCACAGUGAACCAGAACAACAAUCUGACAUCAUUACCUCUGUAAUUACACACAUACAGACCUUGCCUUACAUGAAACGCAUCCUUCCAUUUAACGUCCACCAUUUCAUACACGCAUAUUGUUAAACAUUUACACACCCUUUUCCCAAAUCCAGGUAAACACUGGCUGGUAACUGAUUAAGCUGUGAUUGUUUUAAGCUAAAUAACUCAAUAUGGACAUUGCUGAUAUGAUCAAACUAGAUAUUAUUAGUAUCAAAUUAAGGUCAAAUUAAGGUUUAAUAGACUUUUCAAGUGUAAUUUAAAGCUAUUAUAUGGAGAUAUUCUAGUUGUAGUACCACAAAUCACCUGCAGGUGUAGUAACUGAGGUGUUUCCUCAACACUGAUUGUUUUGCCAAAAACAACUUCUGAUUUGCCUGAAAUGUGUUUAAUUUGGAAAGUAGAUGCUUUCCAUAUCAUAAAUAUGAUGUCUUCAUUUCCCACAAUUUAACAUGUGACCGUAAAAAGCAUGUUUUUUGGUUUCAAUUGUAGUUGUUCAGUGUUUGAUAUACUCAUUGCCUUCAAAAACACAAACUGAGAAGAGUUUUGUUUUGAGGACAAAAAGUUUUAUUCUUCUUGAUUUCUAUAAAAUCCUAGCUGAUUUUAAGAGCAUUGAUGAUUAUACUGGCGGAGAAAGUAUUGCAUUCAUUUAUAAAAUGUUUAGUUCGUGCUGGAUGUUUUUACUGUUCUGACCUGUCCAAUUAAUUUUUGCUUUGAGAAUUAAAUCUUAAAACACUA